AGCAAGAUGGCGGCGGAGCGGGCAGCCGGCUCCACACAGUGACUGACACACAGAAGACGCUUUGCCCGGCCGGGUUGGACAGAUAACGGUGUCACCCUCUUAACAGGGAGAGAGAGGGGGGGAGGAAAAAACAAAACUAAAAACAAACAAAAAAAGAACAAAACAACGGACCACUUCUCGUCACCGACUCUGCAGAAAAUGAGGCAAACCCGUUAGACGACACCGGCCGAAGUUAAUCUGACGUCCACAAACGAGGCAGCCGGUGGGGAUGGGAAAUGAUGGAGGACAAAGGCCCUCGUGUAGCCGACUACUUUGUGGUGGCCGGUCUGACGGACCCGUCCAAGCCGCUGGACCAGGAGAUCCACUUUGAUGACGUCUGCCACAAGACCGCCAAGCCUAAGGCGCCCAUCACCGAUGUGGCUGUGGUGAUCCGUUCCAUGGGCGAAGAGGCGCCGCCAGGGUUCACAUGUGUAGAGGAAACCCCAACCGGCCAUUCUGCUGACCUUAACAAUGGAGGCCUCAUGGCGCCUCAGAUCUUCCUGUGUUACAGGCGAGGCCGCGACAAGCCACCUCUCACUGACCUGGGUGUGCUGUAUGAGUGGAAAGAGCGACUGAAGCAGGGCUGCCACCUCAUCCAGACCACGCCCUCCGGUCGCCCGGCCAACAUCAGCGGGAAUUCCUCCCAGCGAAUCUACGUCACCUACCGCCGGGCGCCUGAGAGCCAGCCUCACACUGCCCUGGCCGUCACUGACAUCUGCAUAAUCAUCCCGAGCAAGGGAGAGACGCCCCCACACACCUUCUGCAAGGUGGAGAAGAACCUCAACAGCAGCAUGUGGGGCUCCUCGGUCUACUUGUGUUACAAGAAGUCUGUGGCCAAAACCAACAUGAUUGCCUACAAAGCAGGUUUAUUCAGCAGAUAUCCAGAGGAGGACUACGAGUCUUUCCCCCUGCCGGAGUCCGUCCCUCUCUUCUGCCUUCCCAUGGGGGCCACAAUCGAGUGCUGGCCAGCUAACACCAAAUACUCCCUCCCUGUUUUUUCCACCUUUGUCCUGACUGGAGCAUCUGGAGAGAAGGUGUACGGUGCUGCGAUUCAGUUCUAUGAGCCUUACCCACUGGAGUGUCUGACUGAUCAGCAGUCCUCCCAGCUGGGUCUCUUGAGCCCGGAACCAAACAAGCCGCCCGCCUCCAAGACUACGCCGCCCGCCUCCAACAGCCCUGCUACUCCACGCUCUGUCUACACCAACAAGUGCAUCUGUCUGCUCUCGCACUGGCCCUUCUUUGACGCUUUCCGCAAGUUCCUCACAUUCCUCUAUCGCUACUCCAUCUCAGGCCCUCACGCCCUGCCCAUCGAGAAGCACAUCUCUCAUUUUAUGCACAAAGUUCCCUUCCCUUCCUCCCAGAGGCCUCGCAUCCUGGUUCAGCUCUCCCCUCACGACAGCUUGAUGCUCAGCCAGCCGGUGUCUUCUCCUCUACCGCUCAGUGGUGGAAGAUUUUCCACGCUGCUCCAGAACCUCGGACCAGAAAAUGCUGUCACGUUGUUGGUGUUUGCUGUCACAGAACACAAGAUCCUGAUCCACUCGUUGCGGCCUGCGGUGCUGACCAGCGUCACUGAAGCUCUGGUGUCUAUGAUUUUCCCGUUCCACUGGCCGUGCCCGUACAUCCCUCUGUGCCCGCUGGCGUUAGCCGACGUCUUGAGCGCCCCCUGUCCGUUCAUCGUCGGAGUGGACUCCCGCUACUUUGAUCUUUACGACCCCCCACCUGACGUGAGCUGUGUGGACCUGGACACAAACACCAUCUUCCACAAUGAAGAUAAGCGAGCCCUCACAUGGAAGAUCCUGCCAAAGAAAGCCUGUAAAAACCUCAUGAAUGUGCUGAGCAGUCUCUACCAGCAGCUGGUUGACGGUCAGUGCCGGCCUGAUGGGCUGCUGGAGCUGAACAUGAGUGACAGCUCGGAGCUGAGCUGUGGAAAAAGCCUCCACACGCUGGAGCUGGAGAUCCAGGAAGCCUUCCUGCGCUUCAUGGCAGCCAUUUUGAAAGGAUACCGUUCAUUCCUGCGACCGAUCACCCAGGCGCCCUCCGAGAAAGCCACGGACGCCAGCUCGCUCUUCGACUUGCAAGGUUUCUUGAAGAGCCGCGACCGCUCACAUCAGAAGUUUUACUCCCUGAUGACCAAAACUCAGAUGUUCAUCCGCUUUAUUGAGGAGUGCUCCUUCGUCAGCGACAAGGACGCCAGUCUGGCCUUCUUCGACGACUGUGUGGACAAGCUCUACAAUUCAGAACGGAGUUCAGACAAAGCAGGCAAGGUGGACGGUGACAGGCCGGAGGAGGCCAGGCUGAUAGAGAUUGAUGAAUCCCAGCGCAGCGAGCACACAGUCUUCAUCACACCUCCAGAGCUGCCUCCUCUGCCCGACGGGGAGGAGUAUCCUCUCUGCUACAGAUACGACGGUUUCCCAGUGUUGAGCCUUGACCUGUUUGACCCCAUGGAGGGCCUGCGGACCCCCUCCUCCCGCCUCGCUGCCAGGCAAAGCUGUCCCACCAGCCCCGCCCCCAUGUUUAGACGCACCAAGCAGGAGAUCAAAUCAGCCCAGAAGAUAGCCAAGAAAUAUUCAUCCAUCCCCCAGAUGUGGUCCAAGUGUCUGCUGCGUCACUGCUACGGCCUGUGGUUCAUCUGCCUGCCGGCAUACGUGAAGGUGUGCCACUCCAAGGUGCGGGCGCUCCGCACCGCUUACGACGUCCUCAGGAAGAUGCAGGCCAAGAAACUGCAGCCCCCUGAUGAGGUUUGUUACCGGGUGCUGAUGCAGCUGUGUGGACAGUACGGACAACCUGUGCUGGCAGUCAGGGUCCUGUUUGAGAUGAAGAAGGCUGGAGUCCACCCCAACGCCAUCACUUACGGCUACUACAACAAGGCGGUGUUGGAGAGUACGUGGCCCUCGAGCACCAGAGGAGGAUACUUUCUGUGGAUGAAGCUGAGAAAUGUCGUCCUGGGCGUGGCACAGUUCAAACGGGCGCUCCGACGACACGCCCCCCUCGCUCAGAGCCCGCUCUCAGAUGGCAGCGACCUGGACGCUGUGAGUCACGGCAGCCUGGAUAGCUCUGCCGACACUAACCUGGCCGAGCAGGGCCCUGACUCCGCCAAAGUUUACCCCACUGACGAUAGAUCUAGCACAGGUGAUCAGUCAGACCUGGGUUAUAACUCGCUGUCGAAGGAGGAGGUUCGGAGGGGAGACCCCGGCGCUCCAGACUCGGCCCCCGACAAAGAAGACAAGAAGGAGAGCGACUGCAGCUCCCUAUCCGAGACGGAGAGCAGCAAGGGAAGCAAAGACUGCCUCCCCCAGCUGGAGGCGGAAGUCCAAUCCUCCUUCAAGACCAGAGGGAUCGUCCGCAGCAGUUGUGCUUUUGACGAUUCAUCGUGUAAACCCAAGAGCUCGGCCAGCGCAGGCCAUGUUGCAGGUCUCCUCUUCACUUCCUCCCUGGAUGAGAUCGGUGAGAUCAAGUCCAACAGUUUGCUCAGGAGGCAUAAGAGCGCUCUGGAGGAGGUGGUUGGCAGAUCCGGCGGUGGCUCCGCUCUCGACUGGCAGGGCGUGAGGGGCCGCCGGCUGAGCGGUGACACGGUUGGCAGCAAUGGCAGCGGCACAACUGUCCUCGGCCUGGGUAUGUGCCAGGGUGAAACCGACCCUGAAAAGAUCGCAGGACAUCUGGGGGCGGAUGUCAAAAUUCUCUCUGGUGCAAACUUCAGUAAGAAUACGAAGCCUCGACCGCUGGUUUCGGGGAGGCAGGAGGGGGCUGCUGGUGUUGCCAGGUGUCAUGACGACAUGGAGGAGGAAGAGGAGACGGAGGGAUUGGACUCCAGUGAUGAAGACAGAAGUAAUACAGAAGCCAUUUUUGAUUUUGAAGAUCUGGAUUUGGACAACCCCUCAACAAGAGGAGACAUCAGAUCUAAAAAAUCUCAUAAAAAGCCCGUUGGACGAAGCGCCAGCUACGGAGGUGUGAGCGCCGAGGCAUCCAGAGUGGCCGUCAAACGCACAGACAUCGAGAAGGGCUAUGACCCUUUGUCCCUGCUGGCAGCAGAGUCCCAUUCCGAGCAGCAAAACGAGGAUCAGGACCCAGAGGGGGACGAGGCCAGCACGCCGAGCGCCCGACGACACCUCGCCAGGGAGAUCGAGCUGUACAUGAACCACAUGGGCAGCCCGCUGAGCAGCCGCACACCCAGUCUAGACCUACAGGACCCUUCCAGCCCCCUCCUCCUUCACCCUGCAUCCCUCUCUGCCCCCCGCAGAGCCAGCCUGCCGCACAGCUCCCCCCUCAGGGCCGCUGGAGUCCCGCGCUCCCGCACCUUCCACCCGCCCUCGCCCUCGGAAACCAUCACUCAUCAACGUCUGUGGUCGUCACCUCCACGUCGCAGCUCCAGCACCACCCCGAGCCCCAGUCCUCGACCCAGCCCGUACAGGGAGAGGACAGACAGGAUGAGCCUGGCCUCACCUUCACCCUCCUCCUCCUCCUUCGCUCUGGACACUCUGCUCACACCGACGCUCGAUGUGUUCAAGACCAGUGUGGUCUCUGCAGGGAAGGGCGUGGCAGAGAAGGCAAGCCGCUGGUAUUCCCGCCUUGCAACGUACACCACACCCACCAAGGAGGGUUUCAGUGAUAGAAUGAGCGUGUCCUCUCUUGGUAUUGGAGAUCCAGACUGCUCGUCCAUGAUGGAUGAGGAAGACUGUGGGGAGUCAGGCAGCUCUGUAGUCUCUCCUCAGAGGAACGGCCCGAUGGGACCUCGCAAGAGCCCCCGACGCAGCCCCCUCCGCAGCAGACUGGACGGCCCCAGCCUGGGUAGACCCACAUCUCUGCUCCCUGGAUCUGUCCUCUCGCCUCCUGGCUUCCCUAUGCCGGAUAAGUCGGACCUCGGCUCUUCACGCUACACCAGCAACACCAGCAUCUUCAACAACUACGCCAUGGAGCUGCUGAUCUCCAGCUGUUCUCGCUGUAAGACGUGUGACUGUCUGGUGUACGACGAGGAGAUCAUGGCGGGCUGGACGGCCGACGACUCCAACCUGAACACCACCUGCCCCUUCUGUGGAAACCCCUUCCUGCCGUUCCUCAACGUGGAGAUCAGGGACAUGCGAGGACCCGGCAGGCUUUUCCUGAAGGGCAGCCCGUCGGUGGAUGAGGCGAUGACCUCAUCGUACUCGGCCUCCACAGGUCUGGACACGGGGACGUCCAACUUGUCCACCCCCUGUCCCACAACCGCCGUCUCCCCUCCCUCACCUACGAUCGCUGUCCAGGCGUGCUCAGGCACUGGAAGAAUUCAAUCAACCAGAGGUAUCAACAUCCCCACAGACCGCCGCCCCGGGGCGCUGUCCCCUGGAGGACCCAUGGCUCGCAGUGUGAGCGCCUUUGAGCCUAUGGAGGAAACGUCUCUUCCCAGGCGCUGUGUGCCGACAUCAGGCAGCCUGCCGAGCCGUCUCAAUGAAACCCCGGACCCUCUGAGUAUGGAGUGGCGGCUCCACAACCCCGAGCCGGUGACGGUUCCCUACCUGAGCCCUCUGGUUCUGUGGAAGGAGCUGGAGAGUCUGCUGGAGAACGAGGGCGACCCCGUGAUCACGGAGGCCGACAUGGUGGAUCAUCACCCCAUCAUCUACUGGAACCUGGUCUGGUACUUCAGGCGGCUGGACCCCAGUAACCUGCCCGGUCUGAUCCUCACCUCUGAUCACUGCAACAUAGACUCCCAGGUCCCUCGUCACUGGAUGUCCGAGGACAGUAAACACGUCCUGAUCCAGAUUCUGUGGGACAACCUGAAGCUGCACCAGGAAGCGAUCCAGCCUCUCUACAUCCUGUGGAACACCUUCAGGCUUAAUUGUUCUCUGUUGUUAGACAAUGUGGGUUACCCUCUGUCCCGGCCGGUCGUGGAGGAGGAGAAGCCGUUCAGCGAGGAGUUGCUGCACAGCGUGGUGAGGAGCAUCCAGAGGAACGACAUCAGCCGGCCGAUGGCUCAGCUGCUGCAGCUGCUGGGACAGACGCUCGGAGUCAAGAGGCAGAGGAGUUUGUAUCGGGACGUUCUCUUCCUGUCUCUCGUGGCUCUUGGAAAAGACAACAUUGAUAUCGACGCCUUCGACCGCGAGUACAAGUUGGCCUACGACCGCCUUGUACCGAGUCUGGUGAAGCUGACCCACAACUGUGACCGUCCUCCCAGCACGGGGGUGAUGGAGUGCCGCAGGACGUUUGGAGAGCCUUACCUGUAAAAUUCACACACACACACACACACACACACACACACACACACACACACACACACACACACACACACACACACACACACACACACACACGCCAUUGCUUGAAGACGCGCUCAGGAAACCUUGGGGAGGACUGUGAAUGUUGCACUACGGUAACGAUGUUUCAAACGGUACAGACGACAGCGCUCAGCAUUCAUGUAGCCUGAAACAAAAACUAAAUGGAGGAUUUCAAACACUCACACACAUAAACUGGACUUCAUCCAGCGCUGUUACAUGACGCUUCUACCCUGUGAAGAUGAUUUAAAUAUCCUGUAAAUACACAACAGUAGAGGAUUUUUAUAAUGCAACAUUUAUAUUGUCAUACAGCAUAUGAAGACUAAUUCUAGAAAUAUUUUAACCUGAAAUAUUUAUACAAAGUAAGCUUUAUUUAUUGUCUUGUCUUCUGUUUGGUUGUGUCCUGUGGUUGUUUGAGGCGUGUUCCUCUAAAUGAGGAUUUCAUUUCAUUAUCUGGUUUAAAAAGCUUUCAUGUGUUUUUAACCACCACGUCUUUAAGUCCAGUAAACUCAAUGAUGUUGUUAGCAGGAGCUACCUGCGGCUAACACUGUGCUGUGUGCGUCUAUGGACGUUAGCUAAAGGCUCUGCUCCCUGAAACAUGAGCAGGAAACACAUUUCCAGCAGGGGAAAGAAAACCAACGUGCUCUCUGCAGCUGGAUUUCAGGUGUUAAAAUCACAUCCAGCAGUUUUCUUUGUCGGUGGUCUCAAAUGGGCGAGUCUCCUGGCUCACAGGUCAGACUUUUACAUGAUGUAGUCUGAGCCUGGGGUACUCGUGUUAGAACUUUAAAUGUAGGUUAAAUGAGCUCUCAUGAACUAUGACAGCGUGUCCUAACAGCAUGUGGAGUGAGCGGACAUUAGCGACAAAAUCAGCCUGAUUCAAUUGUUUCCUACUGGAGAGUCAAGACGGUCUGCGAGCCAAAGCCUGGUUUUUAUUUUCAUUCCUCUCCCUCGUGUAGACAAUUAUGAGGAAGGAGGGGGCUAUCCAAGGCACUGGCAUUGUCUCUUCUUUCACUCAACAGAGGUUUUUAGCUUGUUUUUCAAAGGUGAGAUAGUAGUGCAUUUAUAAUAUCCAUAUCCCUGUUUGAGAUGUUUUGCUUUGACUUGUGUCAACGCCAGAGGAAAAACCUAAAUCAGCUCACAGCGAGACGUUUAUUAACGAGCGCUUAAUUGUGUUUGUGAAUUGAGUCAACAGCUUGUUAAGACAAAGCUUCACACUUACCUUCAUUACAAAAUCACUAGAUGUUAAACUGUUCACAGAGCAGAGAAGUAAACAUGUAACAGAUGCAGCGUGGACAGCGAGCGUAUCUGAAAGUCUGCUGCAGGAGUAACGCCUGUGAUUUCUUAAAGAUUGAGAUUUUUUUAUCAUAUCUUUGUUUUUAACUUGAAAUUUUCUGAAAUGUUCUGUAAAAAAAAGCCAACGUGUGCUGCAGAACUUGUUUCAAAUAUCACCUGAGUAAACAUCUCAUCAAGAGAUGAAAGUCUGCCCGAGCUUUUAUCUCAAACAUAUCGAAUUUAAACCAAAAACAGAUUCUUAUAUAUCAGUGUUUACUGGAUGAUCCAGUGUGGCUGCUUCAUUACAUACAGUAUCAGUGUUUGGAUUUCUACCUUUGAUCCUCCUGGGAAGAAAAAACCCUGAACCCUCAGCUUCAAUCUUUAUUUGUAUAGCGCCAAUUCAUAACAUGUGUUUUCUGGAGACGCUUUACUAAAGAGCAGGUAAAAGACCUUUACUCAUUGUUAAGAAAAAUGGGAUGGGGGAGAUGGGAUAAGAAGCAGGAAGGAUUUCUCCUUUGUAUUCCUAAGUGUUCCUAAGGUGGAGGUCAGAGCAGGCCGUGCAUGGACGAGGACGGCGGUGGUUGUGGGGACGACACAGUCCGAUGGCCUGGCUGAUACUUUAUAUCCACAUACUCAUCUCCUCUCAUAAAUGUAGAAAUGAAAAAAAAGUGAAACCACGAUUCCAGUUCUGUUGUUUCUGGUGAACAAUGGAAACAAAGAAGAGUCACUGAAAAAUGGAUGAGUUCAUAUUUGGUGUUAACAGGUCCUCUGAUUGAUGAAUGAACAUGCUCCAGUGUUUGUGAAGAUAAGGGAUUAUCAGGACUCAAACUUGAAUCAUGAAAACGUUCAUAUCUGGGAGAGUUAUCAAACUGAUCUGAUUAUCAACAUGUUGGAAGGAUUUUUCUUCACCUACAAAAAUACUUUGUACACAUGAGCUCAUAUCAAAUUCUGCGUUUUCUUUCCAUCAGACCGAUGUGAUGUUUUUCUUUAUGGGUUAUUAAAGCUUUUAAAAACUGUAUUAGAGACUGUCCAAGGGAGAAAAAUAGUUUUUUUGGCAGGAAAACAACUCGUAGAUGUCUCACAUACCAUCCUUAAACAUAUUUUAUCUACACUGACACUGUGGUUGACGGAGGACCCUCGAGUCUAAACUGAUAGAGGGUCUCAUGAAGGUCGACGUUGUGUGUGAUUCAUGGCAGAGAAAACUAACUCUGGAACAAGUUGCACUUUGACCCUAAGAAGUGGACUGACCACAACUGAGCAGCUGGAAAACGCUGUGAUCCAUCUGUGGACAUUUGUUGUGUAAUAGUUGUACAAAUGAAUGAUUUUGCAGUAUCUGGGGUUCAUGUACAUUUUAACUCGCCCUUUGUAGAAACCACAUUUUAUAACAGUUUAUGUGAAAAGGUCCUUUUUAGAUGUGCUGAAGGUUCUGUACAGCGAGCAGAUCUGCAGGACUGUUUAAGUGUAAAUAAAAUCACUCACUCUC